GUGUGUGAGACAGUGCAUUAUAACAUCAUUUCGUUUUAUUUCGUCAGUGAACAAAGUCCAGUAUCUGAAAUUACUCAUCAACUACUAUUUAAAUAAAUAAGCAAAUCACAUCACAUAUAUCAGUAGUGACAAUAUACGUUUCUUGUUAAAUUCAAAAGUUAAGAUUUUAAUAGUUUUUUUUGAGGACGUAAACCGGGUCUCGGAAAUGGCGACAGAAGUAAGCUCAGCUCCCACAACAUUGCCACAGCUCCAAUCUGUGCAGAAGGCAAUGGCUAUCCCUACCGUUGAAGCUGCUGUUGGGCAGGUCGGAGCAAUUUAUUCAAAAGUCAAAGGUGCCCACUCACUUCUCGAAUGGGCUCUAUCGACCGCUGAAGCUGGAGUAGUUCUUGCUGCAACCACUGCCGCGCCGUAUGUGUCAGCUCCUCUCGCUGUCGGCGACGCCAAGGUUGCUGCAGCCAUUGAUCAUCUCGAACGCAGAGUGCCACUUGUCACCGAACAACCUAAAGUCAUAGUGGAGACUACCAAACAAGCUGUGCUAUCGAAAAUCUCCCCUCACGUGAACAAGCAGGUGUACGGAGCCCGCGCGGUCGCCGAGCAACGGGUCAAGUCUCUGAAGGAGCUCUCGUGGGCCAAAGCUAACGCGCUGCUCUCCACCGCCUACGGGCAGAAGGCUAUGCACGGGGUGGACUACGGAGCUACCUAUGCUAUGCAGCUUUUGGACCACUAUCUACCGCCGGUUGGCGCUCAGGAGGAACCAGGAUCCGAAAUAACACCAGCCAGCAACGACCCCGCUCUCCACACUGUGCAGACCGUGGGAAGGCUCAGCUCGGUGGCGGCGCGCCGAGUCUGGGCCAACCUCGCCUACAAGAUCAACGAACUCAGAAACUCGGGUAUAGAGCUGGACGUUCGUCGAUACGUAACCGCGUUACUGGCGGCCCUGCAUCUCGCCAACGUCACCAGCCUCCAGCAGCAGCAGCAGGCCGACCGGGAGGACCGAGGGGCGCAGAGGAAGGCGGAACACUCCCGCCCCUCCCCCGAGCACAACAGCCCCCAGCACUCGGCGUCGACCACCUCCAACGAGGUCAAAACGACCCCGGAGUCGAAAUCCGUGGAUCCUUCUAAUUAAUAAUCUAACACAUUAUAUCGUCUUCUCGCAUUAAAACUGUACAAUCUCAAAACUUAGUAAUUUUACAGGAGGGUGUUUCAAAGGUUUAAAACAUGUGAUAUUUUUAAUAUUAAUCAUCUUUGCAACAUUUAUUUUUUA